UCUGUGACCUUGUUUGGCAUAUUUAACGUCGCGUGGGUUAUAACAUCAAGUAACACAUUCAUACAGUCUUUGGCAGUGGAGACACGCACCAAUCCAUAUAUUCUUUAGCUUUCCGAGGGUGAACAGUGUACGAGAUGAUCAGCAUCGUUGUAAUAUUUCUCUGCGCCCUCGCGUACCCGCUACACGUGGACGGCCGCAGGGGAUAUUCAGCUCACCAAGCGCCCUGGUUCCUCACACGCCAUCUUAGCGGUGCCAGACGCAGUGGUCAGUGUAAUGCUCGGCUGCCUGACCCCGGGAUGUACCGACACAUCUUCUUAUUCGCUCUGGACGGAAUAUGGACGGGGUUAGAAAGAAACGCCACCAGGUUUCUUCAGCAUCAUUGUUGUGCAGGAAGGAAAGACAAUCAAAGUGUGAUAGACUUUGGACGAGGAGCAGUACAGUAUUUCAGUGACUACUUUGGAAUAGAUAUGUCCGCCGUGGCGGACGCUGAUAUAAUCGAUGGAAACGUUCCACUAGCGGGCGGGAAGAUGUUCUUUCACCCCUUCUACAUCAACCCUAUAACGAAGUACAGGCUUAUUAUAGAGUCGGGACCACGUGGCUCUUUUUCGUACCGCAACGUGCCCGUCUCGGACGCGGGCUGGGUGAUAGAGGUGACUGACACCGUUCAGGUUACCGGGACUGGGUUUUCUGGGACGCUUGACCGAACCAAAACACUUUUCUAUGGGGAAUACAUGGCCCAGACACACCUAGAGAACCCCAGGGGUACAACACUAUUAUUCCAAUACAGAAAUGUGAUGCCGUCCGUAUUUGCCGACGGGCGCGUGUACUUGUUUAACAAUAUGUUAGUGCAUACCAAGUUCGGCCAAGGACAGUCACACGGCAUUAUCAACAUAGACACGACAACAGGCGUGAUGAACGGCAGAGAGACUCUCACUUUUCCCGCUAGAGCAUGAUUUUCUGUGAUUAGAGAACACGCAUAUGGCUAAAAUUACCAUACUGAGAAGAUUUGAUCAACCUAUCUAUGACCCCAUUCAGAGCAGAGAAAUAACGGAUUAAAU